AUGCUUCGCUGGUCACUAGAGUAUUAUCGAUUGAAGGUCAGGGAGCAACUGAUUUAUCAUGUGCGGCUGAUCUCCAUGUUCAUCGCCUACCUAUGGAGUCUCUGCUCCUAUACUUUCCGCAAGCAUGCUAAAACGGUACUUCUGUCUUUUUCAGCUAGCUGUAGGUUUUGCAAUACCAAAGCGUCCGUUACACUGUGGUUCCUCUAUCUCCCCUUUCAAAACUACAGUUGUGUAAGUUUGCGCCGCCGCAAGAUUAUGGUCAUAGACUUGGAUGAAACACUCAUUCACUCCGUACUUGAUGGCAUGGUACGAACUACUGUACGGCCUGGGACGCCGCCUGAUUUUGUGCUCAAAGUCGACAUAGAUCAUCACCCAGUGCGUUUUUCUGUUCACAAGCGCCCUCAUGUGGAUUACUUCUUAGACAUUGUAAGUCGAUGGUUUCUUCUCAUUGACCCUUUUCGACAGCGUUGUUUGUGUAAAAGUCAUUGCAUCAUCAUCUACCCCAAACACAAUUACCCUUUUAACUUAGUCUGUUUCUGA